CAUUCCAUUCAAAUUUCAACUAUUGAGGAGUUUCUUCUGUCACAUUGUAAAUUUUAUUUAGUUUAAUAAAUUGUGAGCUAUCGCAUGAAUUUAGCAUGUCGCAGCAAGAAAUAUCUUGCGGCUUGGAAUUUACGUCCACUCCAGAUUUACAAGCUUGUUUAACAGAAGCUUUGCGUUGCAAUUACUCUUUUAUAGUUUCGCCAGUAGUUCACCCACGUUUUCGGAGACCAUGUUCAAUAGCCGGCAGGGUUGGUGGUUUCACAAGAUCAGAUAUGAUACUAUCUCCUCAAGAUUGGACGGGCAGGAUUGUAGGGAGGUUGUCCCCUUAUCUAAACGUAGACUCGCCGUCACCCGGCGUUCGCCAACGUCAUGAAGAUUGUUUGAACGAAGAACUCGGUUACUGUCGAGGGCUUGGACUUCCCGCAAUCAUGUUUUCUGUACAUGGUAGAGAAUCAAAUAAUUUGGCUAGAAUUCUCAAUUCAUACUAUGAAACCAGUCAUCACCCAUCCCUUAUAUGGGCUCACAUUCCUAUGACAUGUACAAGAACAAAGAAUAGAGGUGACGCCGACCCUGAAGAAGAUGAUGCGGCUUGGGAUGAGACAUGGCUAUGGUGGUCUAAAUUCCAUGAGCACCUUGAGUUUGAUAAACGAGUUGGUGUGGCCUUAGAGCUGUCAGCAGAUUUACCUUCAGAAGCUGUAAUAAAACGAUGGUUAGGAGAACCUGUGAAAGCUAUUAUUGUACCAACAUCUAUUUUCCAUACCAACAAAAAGGGAUAUCCUGUACUAUCUCGAGCUCACUCUCAGCUGGUAUUGAGCUUAGUUGAACAUGAAGCUCAGGUUAUUGUGAGUGGAGCAAGGAGGUCCAAUGUGGAGUUCUAUUUGCAAUACCUGUUAAGGAUCUGGAAACGAAGACCUUAUCUAGCUGACGAUCCUAUGUUAAGUUAUGCUAGAGGGUGGGAAGAUUAUCUGCAGACUCCACUCCAACCGUUGGCUGAUAACUUGGACACACACACUUAUAAUGUGUUUGAAAAGGACCCAAUUAAAUAUGAUCAAUAUCAGAAAGCUAUUGCACAAGCCUUGACUGAUCUGCAGAAAGGGCCUUCUCAAGUGAUAAAUGCUGACAUAGCUACAGCAAAUGCUCAAGAGCUAGGACAAGGAGACACUGCAGACAAGAAAAAGGAAACUAUAACAGUUAUGGUGUUAGGUGCAGGCAGAGGACCAUUAGUCAGAGCUACACUAAAUGCUGCUGAUAUAACCAAUAGCAAAGUCAAGGUAGUGGCAGUGGAAAAGAAUCCUUGUGCUGUGGUGGUGUUGACAGCACAAGUGCGUGAAGUAUGGCGCGACCGAGACGUUGUCGUAAUACCCGGUGAUAUGCGCCAGAUCAAUCUCUCACCAAAGGCAGACAUUAUUGUGUCUGAGUUAUUAGGGUCAUGGGGGGACAAUGAACUGUCUCCUGAGUGUUUAGAUGGAGCUGCAGGGCUCCUGAAGCCAGGUGGUAUAUCAAUACCUUGUGAAUACAGGUCUUAUGUGGCUCCUAUUUCUUCACCCAGGCUGUGGGCAGCAGCAAAAGCUGCCUCCUCUAUUAGUCCAUCAAAUCAAAAAGAUAAAAAUCUUGAGACGUUAUGGGUUGUUUAUAUGCAGAAUAAACAUGACAUAGCUGAAACAAAGCUUGUUUUUACAUUUGAACAUCCAGCAAAAGGAGCAAAGGAUCAUGAGGGCCAAGAAUUGACUGAUUACAGGAGACUACCUCUGACAGACAACAGAAGAUCUGAAAUACUUACUUGGGAUGUGGAGCAGGACAAUGUUAUGCAUGGAUUUGGGGGAUACUUUGAUUGCACUUUAUAUGGGAAAGAAAUGAUCAGUAUAGUUCCAUCAACACAUAGUCCAGGAAUGAUAUCAUGGUUCCCAGUUUUCAUUCCAAUCAAGACACCUCUGAGAGUGCAUAAAGGGGACAAGAUAACAGCUAGAUUUUGGCGCUGUCUGGAUUCAAGAAGGGUCUGGUAUGAAUGGAUAGUGGAAGUGGGCAAUCACACCACAACCCUGCAUAAUGCUAAUGGAAGAAGUUCCGAAAUGUUGUUAUGAUUAUUUUCGUACAAAAUAUUAGAAAGAUAUUUUCUAUAUUCAAUAAAAAAAGCUAUCAGAGUU